GUUGCGCUAUGCCGUGCCGAGCCGGCAGUGCAAUGGCCGCUGUGUGGGACCUUGAGUUGCGCCUGUCUGCGCAGGAGGUGCAGUUGUACCAACUCAGUGCCACCUUGGAGCGGUUGCGGCGGGAGUGUGAGGAGGUUCUGGGCAGUCCAGAACUGCAGUGUCUCAGAGAGGAGAACGAGAAGCUCAAAUACCGGCGGCUGCAUCUGGAGCGUAGCCUUCGGGCUGAGCUGGGCAAGACGCCUCAAGAGAGAUGGACCGAAGCCCAGGAGCAAGAAUUGUUUUUCUUCCAUGAGCUCAGUCCUGGGAGCUGUUUCUUUCUGCCAAGAGGGGCUUUUAUUUACAACACGCUGAAAGCAUUUAUACAGGAGGAGUAUCAUAGACGUGGAUUCACUGAAGUGAUCUCUCCAAAUAUCUACAGCAGUUGCCUGUGGGAAAUGUCUGGCCACUGGCAGCACUACCAUGAGAACAUGUUUAGUUUUCAGGUGGAGAAGGAAAUAUUUGCGCUGAAGCCCAUGAAUUGCCCGGGUCAUUGUUUGAUGUUUGACCAUCGUCCACGAUCUUGGCGUGAGCUCCCUUUGCGAUUAGCUGACUUUGGGGUUCUUCAUCGGAAUGAGUUUUCAGGCACCUUAACAGGAUUAAGCAGAGUACGCCGGUUCGAACAGGAUGAUGCUCACAUCUUCUGUAUGAUAGAGCAGGUUGAUGAGGAGAUAAGUGAAUGUCUGGACUUUGUCCGCUCAGUGUAUGGAGUGUUUGGCUUCAGUUUCCAGUACAUUCUUUCCACACGACCAGAAAAGUUUCUGGGCGAUCUGCACUUGUGGAAUCAAGCAGAAAAGCAGUUGGAGUGCUGUUUGAAUGCAUUUGAUGAGCAGUGGCGACUGAGUGCUGGAGAUGGAGCAUUUUAUGGACCAAAGAUCGACAUUGAAAUAAAAGAUGCUCUAGGCCGAUACCAUCAAUGUGCCACAAUUCAGCUGGAUUUCCAGCUGCCCAUUCAGUUUAACCUAGCGUAUGUUAGUAAAGAUGGAACAAAUGAAAGCCGCCCAGUUAUCAUUCAUCGUGCUGUGCUGGGAUCACUGGAACGCAUGGUUGCAAUUCUUGCUGAAGACUAUGCUGGGAAAUGGCCAUUCUGGCUGUCUCCACGUCAGAUUAUGGUAAUACCUGAUGGACCAGGCUGUGUGGAGUAUGGUCAGAGGGUUUGUCAAGAGUUUGUUGAAAGAGGUUUCAUGGCCGAUGUGGAUCUGGAUCCUGAUGUAUUGUUGAAUAAGAAGAUCCAAAAUUCUCAGCUUGCUCAGUAUAAUUUCAUUCUGGUGGUCGGGGAAAAGGAAAAAGUGAAUCAUUCAGUGACUGUCCAAACAAGAGACAGCAAGGUAUAUGGUGAACACUCUUUGGCUGCAACUAUAGAGAAAAUGAAGCGUCUGCAGCAAAUGCGUAAAAUUAGGGCCGAAGAGGAAUUUUAACUUUCCAUCCUUUAUGUUUAAUGGAUGAUUGUCAACAGUGAAAACCAUUGAGAGAAACCUAUCAUUAGGAGCUAUUUAAAAUAAACCUCAUUAAUUAAAGCUUCAAUGUUCAUGUUCUGGACUGGAAAGAAUUCUGUACAAGUGUGAAACAUGGUUAAUCCAAUUUUGGUAUUUAUCUGUAGUUUAAUGAAACUAUGUGAAAUAUAAAUUUUUAGCUAUAACUAACAAAGAUUCAGUAACUUGUGGAAAUCACUUUCAUAGCUGCUGCUCUCAGUACCAUUGCGUGAAGGAAAUAAAGGUAAAUGUAAUUACAGAACCAAAAACCAAAGUUUGU